AUGCUGGCGCUCAGUCCUGGUUCAGUUUGCGACGUGUGCGCAGAAGAGUACAGUCCGCAGUGUAUCCCGCACUCCAUUCCUUGCGGCCAUGUCCUGUGUUCGAGCUGCUGCCAUAAAAUAGUGGAGAAGACCCUGCCACGCCUCAAACCGGUCUGUCCUUUUUGUCGGGAACACUUCACCAGUGACGACGUUCGUCUCAUCCGCAUUGACUUCUCUGCAAGCGGAUAUAUCCCCUCACGGCGUCGAGGUGGUAUGCACGAGGCCCAUGACGCUAAUGACCACCAGCCGGCUCGACGGGAAGAACGUUUUCCUCUCGUAGAGCCCACUUACCCGCGUUCCCGAGGUGAGGCUCGUCGGCUGGAGGAUAAAGUGGCCAAGGUGGCCGCCAAAAAGUGCUCCGUGGAGGAGGUCUCCACCCUCCACCAGGAGCUACAGGACUGGCUGUCGCACGAUGGCAGUCCAAGUGACCAGGUAUCAUCGCUCGCCUUGAGUGCUGCGCUGCUCAAGGCCAUCCUGACAAAUCACUUCGCUCAUUCUGAAGCAACAAAAAUGGCUAAAAACGUUGAGGCAACCUUAAAAGGAAAGCUGGACGAUAUGGAAUUAUCUGUCGUCAAACUGGAAGCCGAAUUGAAACAGUUCGUCUGUCCGACGAAAACAAAUUACCCAUAUACUGACUUAUCCUCCUUCCAGCAAACACUUUAUACCCAAAAAGUACAAGAAUGUCAAUCUCUGCGAGCAGAGAUUAGUCGCCACGCACUUAAAUCUUCGGUGCCCGGGAUCUCCCCCACUCGCCCUACCUCUGCUGCACCAGCCAUGAUGACCGACCAUCUCCGGCAGCCGGUAUCUUCCUCAGCAGCAUCCGUCUAUAGCAUGCCCAGCACCCAUAGUCCACUCUCCCGAUACGGCUCAUCUCACAUGCGGAGUGUAUCCUCGUCUAUCGCACCCGGGUCUAGGCCGGUGACCCCCGCGAGAGCCACAACUCCGGCGGUCCGCUAUGAAACGCCGUUGCAAUCAUCCCGCCUUCGCGCUACUUCUCCCGUGCCACCUCUCCCAUCUAGACCUCGCAAGAUGUCAUUUUCAGCGACAUCACCCCAAAAAAUUCAGCGGUCGUACUCUGACGAAUCGGACCGGGAGAUAAUCCAUGAACGUUGGAUGCCUAACCCCAACGUUGCGUACAGCCCCCCCAAUGGCAAACUCGUCAAUUAUCCAUACGCCGUUCCAGCGGCUCGUUCUCGUUCGUCGGGUUCGACAAACGCUGCAUGA